CUUCGACCCGGCUCGCAGAGGCAGAACGAAUUGAUUCAUCGCACGACUCUGUACCCGCCGUCACUGCUUGACUCGCAGCCAGCUGUCACCCUCAAGCACAGAUCAUCCCUCCCCGUCCCUUCGGUGACGACCAAUAGCCAUGGUGGUGUGGGUGCUGCUGCUGACGUCGAUGCUGCUUCCAUUCAUCUUGCCGUCGGCAACUGGGUUCCUCCUGCCCCGUCCGAGUUCGCAACUGAGAGCACCGGCUGCCCAGAAGGUCACCCGACUGAGUCAGGAGCAACAAAGGGAGGCUUACGAUUGGGCUCUGCCGCACAUCAAGGACAUCGUAUCGCCUCCCUUCUUCAUCGAGGGCACCAUUGAUGGUGUUGUGCCGGUCAUUAGAGGCAAGACAAGAGACUGGGCCCUCGACUUAUCAGAGAAUCAGGACAUGAUGAUUCGGAAGCUGUUGAGGGAAUACUCGUGGUCUUACAACUGGAAUCUGCUUUCCGAGGAGAGUCUGAAAGCUGCCUAUGCGUCCGCCAAUCAGUCGCCGGUCGGCUUGCUUGGCGAAGAGCCAGGUGACAGGGUGGAUUUUGAGCAUCGCAAGUCGAGGGAAUUCGCAACAAGCGAUCUGCACAUACAGGGAACGGUAGCUCCCUGGACGUCUGAGCAGUACCGAGGUAAUCUUGAGGAAGGUCUGAGAUUCAAUGUCACUGACAGAACCAAUGGCACAUGGACUGCCGUCAUCGAGGAAAUAUGUCAAGAAGUGGCCAAUAGGCUUUCGCCGGGCAGCGAAGUCAAAGCAGAACUAUACAAGGUAAACGAUUCUCGUUGAUGCAGCACUUGCGAGACUUGGUGAUUAUGAUCCACAUCUAUGUUGUCAUCGCAGAUGCUGAUUUACAGUGAGGGGGACCAUUUUGCAAAGCAUGUCGACACGCAGCGCUCGGCAGACAUGUUUGCGACGCUCAUCGUCUCUCUCCCGACCGAGUACAAAGGAGGAGCUUUUACACUGUGGAAGGAUGGAGAGGCUCAUAAAACCAGCGAUUCUACUUAUCGUCAAACCUGGGUAGCCUUCUUUUCGGAUGUCCCACAUAGCGUUGAGACAGUUACUUCGGGUUAUCGAUGUGUCCUCGUAUACAACCUCAGCCGCCGGCAGGUUGGAAGGCGAGAGAAGCGAAGAAGCAAGAUCACAGAGAAAUUCGUGGGGUCACUGAAAAAGUGGUUUCAGGAGAAGGACAGAGAGGUAUGCAGAGAAUCUGAUGCGUGCCUUACAUGCGUGCGUCAGGGUGCCUUUUGUUGUAUGUGCUUUCAGGCGCUGGCGAUUGCGCUCGAAUAUCAGUACACUCCUUCGAGCAUUGGCGUGGAGUAUUUGAAGGGCAGGGACCGAUUGCUCUAUGACAUCUUGGCCGAGCAUUUCAACGUCAGUCUUGAGAUAGUUCAUCAGAACUGGAGGGCCCUACCAGCAGAUGAUGAUUUUGAUGAUGAGGACGAAGACUAUGAUUCCUAUGAGGACCCAGACUAUGAGUGCCCCGUGUUGUGCGGCAUGGAUAUUGUCGACCCGCGUUAUCUCGAGCUGCUCGAUGAGAGCAACGACAAGAAAGCGUGGCGCUGGUUUCUCGCCUUGGAGGAUGACGAGUUGUGUUCAGGUCAGCGUGUAUUCAAUGAUUGUCAGCCUGAGAUUAUAUUUAUCGUGUCGUUCUUCUGUCUUUCGCAUUCAACGCAGACUACAUUGAGAAGUACGAGACACAAAUAUGCGCCCAAGGCUUUCAAUGAGUCACUACUCGGAUGCACUUUGGUCUGUCAGGUUUGGCAAGAGGAAGCCGCUCGUUGGAUUGAAUAUUGGUCGUCAAGGCGGCGCCUUUCAGCCCGACGAUAGGGAAAUCGAGGGCAGAACGGGGCCCACCUUCGCAAAGAAACCACAGACCAUCAAGAGAGAGAUGGUGCGAUUGGGGAAUCAGAUGGGGCUAGGUGAGAAAGACAUCGAAUGAAUUCAUCGACAGCUCACAUGAGUCACCCUCAUUUUGUUUGUGUUUCCGAUUUGCAGUCCAUUUCCAGUAUCUGAGCGUCGCCUUGGUCAUCCAUGGGAUUGCAUGACACGACAUUGCUGGGC